CUCUGUCCCCUUCACUCUCUCUGUGUCUCGAGCUGACUCACUGAGUCGGCUCUUCCCCUUCUUCCCCACUCUCUCUCUCUUCUCUCUCUCUCUCCCCAAACCCUUCCUUGUUCCUUCUCUCUACACUUCUCAGCAGACGCCUUCUCUCCCCCACCUUUCCUUCCCUCCCCGUGCCCUUUUCCGUCUUUUCCACCCGGCCCCGCCACGUAAGCAUCGUCUUCUUCAUAACUCACCCCUGCCACCAGAGACCCCCCCUCCGUCAAUCGAUAGCCCAAUUCGCAGCUUCCGCCACAACUGCCUCUCAAUUUAGGGUUCCUCGAAUCCACCGCCUGCAGCCCCCAGGUUCGACGCCGCGCCUCAAAGCUUCGGUGCUUUGCUCUUGUUGGGACUCAUGGACAUUUGCCAAGUCUCAAUUAGGGGUGUGAUUUGUGGCGUGUUUGGUUAGGCUUGAGAACCUCCGAGAUUAGGUUUAAGUCGCUACUUUUAUCCAGCUUUUGGGGGGUCAUCGCGUAAUUGGUUUCUACGCGCUAUGGCUAUUGAGAAGAACAAUUUUAAGGCCGCACGGUUCGAUUCUGAAUGUUCACCCGGAAGUAGGGACAGUAUGUCUGGUGAUGAAGACGAGUUCCAAGUCAGAGCCUCUGGGCCUGAAUCCGAUGAAGAUGAUGAUUUCGAUGAUGCAGAUUCGGGUGCAGGAUCUGACGACUUCGAUUUGUUGGAAUUGGGGGAGACUGGUGCUGAGUUUUGUCAGGUGGGUAGCUCUACCUGCAGUGUUCCAUUCGAGCUUUAUGAUCUCCCAAACUUGGAAGAUGUGCUAUCUGUCGAUGUGUGGAAUGAGUGCCUUACUGAGGAGGAAAGACUGGGUCUUGCAAAGUUCUUGCCUGAUAUGGACCAGGAAACGUAUAUGCACACCAUGAUGGAGCUCUUCAAGGGCUGUAAUUUCCAUUUUGGCAGCCCUCUGAAGAAGUUGUUUGAUAUGUUGAAGGGAGGACUGUGCGAGCCCAGAGUUGCACUUUAUCGUGAGGGUCGGAAUUCUUUUGACAAGCGGGAGCAUUACCAUUUUCUCAAAAUGCAUCAGAAUGGAUUAGUGAGUAAUCUUUGUCAAAUAAGGGAUGCUUGGCUCAAUUGCAGGGGCUACAGUAUCGAGGAGAAGCUUCGUGUCCUGAAUAUCGUGAAGAGUCAGAAGAGUUUGAUGUGUGAGAAGGAAGACAUGGAGAGUGAAUCAUCUGGGAGAGAAGAAUUGGCCGAGAGAUUAUGGAGCCGAAGGUCUAAGGACAGGAAGCUUGGACAGAUAAUGGGUCCCAGUUCUGUGUAUGGGGUGGGUCCAGAUUUGGAGCCAUCUCUUGCUUUGGAGCCGGCAAAAUAUAGGAAGCAGAAUUCAAAGGGUGUGCUGAAGUUGGGUGCUCUGAAGACUACUUCAGGGAGACAGUUGGUGAGUGGUUUGCCCACCCUUAAUCCUGGUUCGGAUUUGAAGUCUGGAGCAUAUAGUUCAUUAACUCUUCCUUGGCAGAGUAAGAUGGCCACGAGUGAUAUGGGUCUGGCAACCACUAGGAUAAGGGAUCGGAUGCCAGGAUAUGAUGAAGUUGAAGAUCCGAUUUUUGGGGCAGGUUCUCGGAGGGAUCAAAUUACGUCGAGUAGAUUUUCGACAGAAAAACAGGGACGUUUGGCGGCAAGAAAGAAACCCGAUUUUCUAAGUGGCGAUGAAAUAGCCAUGGACGGUUUUGUGGGCUUGCCAUUGUCUUCCAAGGGGGACCUGCUUGUCUAUGGCAGGAAUAAACAUAGUAAUGAACCGUUUGAUGUGAGGAUGAUGAAAGCUAACCAGUCUAGUAUAAGACCUUCCUAUGACUACGUGACUAAGGCAAAGUAUUCUGGAAUGCAUCAGGGUUUUGCUGGUGAAAUUCAGAAGAAGUCUAUGAAAGGCCUGAAAGGAAACCAGGGUGGGUCACAUGAUCCAAAUGAAUCAUUCUGGCAUGCUGGGACCGAGGAAGAGGCUUUACAUAUGGAUCCGCAGUUGCAAUUUGAUGAUUGGAAUCCUAGGAGCAAGAAGUUGAAAGUACAAAGGGAGUCUGGUCUGAGUGUAAAAUCUCACAGAGCAUCCAUACCUCAGAUGAGUAAUAGAUUCUUAACUCCUGAAAUGAAAGGGAGACAUUCAUAUGAGAAUAUCAGUGGGAGUUCUCUGAAGAAUGGGGCAAUGAACAUGAUCCUCAAUGGUGAUGUCACUGAAUCGGGUUCAUCUGAUUCAUAUGGUGAUGAUGAGAGCAACCCUCUGAUGAGAAACAAGUUAGCUUAUCCCAGUGGGUUUAUGGAGGAACCAUCUUCUCUGGUGAAGUCUAGUGUUGAUGGGAAGAAGGGUAAGUUUGUUAAGAAAGAGAAGAAACAGAAUGCACGUGGUUCUGACAGAGAUUUGCAGAGCUAUCAAAAGGAUGAUCUUGGUGAACAUCUGUAUCCUCCAGAAGAAAAAGAAGGAGGAGGAGGAGGAGAUGAAGAAGAAGUAUAUCCUUCGAAAGGGAAGAAGAAGAUGAAGAAGAGUAAGAUCCGUGGUGAUCCCUCUGUUCGGACCUCUACCAGAGUGAAAGAAGGCAACUUUCUGUAUGGCACAGGUACUGAUGAUCGGAAAAAGCCCCAUAAGGUGCAUAAGAAUGACCAGUUAGAAGUUAGACCUAGUGAAGGGCUAGCUGUUUCACCACUAGUGACUGAUCCAAUCGAGGGUAAGCAGACAGGAGUAGGGAGUGUUCAUGAUUAUGCAGUUGUGGAGGAAGAUGGUCUGAUUGAAAAACACCCGCUGGCGGACGGGAAAAGAGCGAGUAAACGGCGGAAGAAAGUUAAGAACAUGAAUACAUCUGAUGCUACUGUGUCGGUGCGCAACUUAGCUAAAAGAAAGCGGAAAGGAAAAGCAGUGGAGACGGCUGAUCAUGAUGAUGAUGGUAAUAGAUUGCAUGCGGAUACUCAGCAGGAAAUUCAUGCAAAUGCACAGCAGGAAAUUGAGGAGCCUAGUCUGUUGGAAAAGCAGAUAGGCCAGAAGACGGGGGAUGAUGGAGUUGCCUCUGAUAAUGAAACUUCUGAGAUGCCUAUAGUUGACACAGGUGUCCCUGAUAUGGAGCUCGAUAGUGGACCACCAAAGAAAUCCUUUACAUUGAUAACCCCGACAGUACACACAGAUUUUUCAUUUUCGAUUAUUCAUCUCCUCUCAGCGGUUCGAGUUGCAAUGAUUAGUCCGCCCCUAGAAGAUUCUUUAGAUGUCGGUCCCCAAAUGGAAGAUGCUGGCAGAAUCCAGGAAGGUGGCAUCAAUGAAGAAUCCUCCUCACAGAAGAAUGUGGAUGCGGCUGGUAAUUCUGAGCAAGAGCCACAAUGUAAUGCUCCAUGUCUUACUAUUCAGGAGAUUGUCAAUCGUGUGAGGUCAAAUCCUGGGGAUCCCUGUAUUCUGGAGACACAGGAGCCGCUUCAAGAUUUAGUUAGGGGAGUUUUAAAGAGCUUCUCAUCCAAAUCGGCGUCCUUAGGGGCAAAGGGCUGGAAGGCACUUGUGGUCUACGAGAGACUGAAAAAGCGUUGGCGCUGGACUGGUCCAGUACCUUAUAAUCUACCUGAUCAUGAAACCAUUGAGGAGGUGACUUCUCCUGAAGCAUGGGGCCUUCCUCAUAAAAUGCUUGUCAAACUGGUUGAUUCAUUUGCCAGUUGGCUUAAGAGCAGCCAAGACACUCUUCAGAAACUAGGCAGUCUGCCUCCUCCUCCAUUGGAACUGAUGCAGUGUAAUGUGGAUGAGAAGGAAAGGUUUCGUGACCUGAGAGCCCAGAAGAGCCUCAACACUAUAUACCCGAGCUCUGAGGAGGUAAGGGAGUAUUUUCGCAGGGAGGAAUUUCUCAGAUACUCGAUUCCCGACAGGGCCUUCCAAUACACGGCUGCUGAUGGUAAGAAAUCUGUUGUGGCACCCCUAAGAAGAUGCGGUGGGAAGCCUACUUCGAAGGCUCGUGAUCACUUCAUGCUGAAGCGUGAUCGCCCUCCGCAUGUCACAAUCCUGUGCCUCGUGAGAGACGCAGCUGCCCGACUGCCUGGAAGUAUCGGGACCCGUGCAGAUGUGUGCACUCUGAUCAGAGACUCCCAAUAUAUAGUUGAGGAUGUAACAGAUGUGCAAAUUAAUCAAAUUGUGAGCGGGGCACUGGAUCGGUUGCAUUACGAGCGGGAUCCAUGUGUACAGUUUGAUGCCGAAAGGAAACUGUGGAAGUAUCUGCACAGGGAGAGAGAGGAAGAAGACUUUGAGGAUGACGGUACGUCUUCUACAAAGAAGUGGAGGCGGCCAAAGAAGGACACUACUGAGCCAUCCGACCAAGGAACUGUGACCGUGGCUUAUCAUGGGUCUGGGGAACAGACUGGAUAUGAUAUGUGCUCCGAUCUGAAUGUGGAGCCGGCUCCAAUUGAUGGUGAUAAGGCGGUGGACCCUAUUAUGACUGAUGAUCUGGGGCAGAACAUAGGGGAUAUCUGUAACAAUGGUGCAGAGCAUACUGGGAUCCCUCAGGAUCAGCCAAUGGUUUGGGAAGGUUUUGACUUGAAUCCUCUACGGGAGAACAAAUUACUCUGUCAAGAGAAUUCCACUAAUGAAGACUUUGAUGAUGAGACUUUUGGGAGAGAGCGACCAGUCGGGCUUCUAAGUGCUGGCUUGUUAUGAUGGAUAUCACAGGUGAGAAGUGAAUGAUCAGCAUGGAGAAAGUGGGGGCCUCGCAAUUCUAAAGGUUCUCCUUUCCUCCGAUCUAGAAAAAGUUUAGAUGUACAUUAUUAAUUCUACAUAAGUGUAGAAUAUCUGGGUCGACUCUGUUGGGGUUCAAAAUGAUUUCUCAAAUAUCUCCGGCUGAUUAUUAUUAUUACAUGAUUACAUCAUUAAUUCUAAGUUGCCUACCUUCAAUUAUUCCACAAGCAUGAAGGUACCCUGUAAUUAUUCUUUUUUGGCCCGGAUGACAUGGCCUUGUUAUUGAUGUGCCAUUAGUGUUUAUAAGAGUGGUAGUUGCGGUUCAAUUCCGGCGGUACAAUAACAUUACCAUUUGUUCAUAUUGCAUUGCAACUCACGGGUUAUGUUUUUAUAAUGCAAAGUUUUAAUUUUGGCAUGCCAUCUAA